CAUGAUGCUAUUCCUCAGCGACCUCAAAAUGAGCAAAUUGAAAAGCUCAAGAAGUUCAAGGCUGUGUUGGAACGCAUUUUGAUUUUCUUGCAGCUCAAUAAGCAUGACAUUCAGCUUACUCACAAGGAGAAGUUGUGUUCGGUUGAGAGGCACAUAGGUUUCUUUCUUAGCAAGCCUACUUCUCCUCCUCUGCAGGGGCAACUUCCUCAGUCUUCCAUGCAGCUUCAGCAACCACAAUCUCUUGAUGUUCAAACUAAUCCACCGAUGCAACCUCAACUUCAUCAGGCACUAUCUUCGCAGGCACAAAGUACAGGAGCACAUCAGACAGCUAUGCUGGAGUCCGGUGGGCAAGAUACUGCUUCUAAGUCUGAUUGAUUAGAUGGCAGUUCAGAUGGAAUUGCUUUAUGUAUUAAUAGGUUCUGGUAUUAAUAGGUUGGUUUUUAGUUUUUGUGGAUUGUGUUCUGGUUCUAAACUUGAUGAGCAUUUAGAUUAUGUAAAAUGCUCAAGAACCCAUGCACUAUUGUAAAAUACUUAAAACUUUGUGUGGGAACCCAGGCUAAAAAGGAGAUCUUGAAUUA